AUGGCAUCCGCCUACUUGCCGGGCGAUGCUGACAUCCCCACUCCGGAGCUGGCCGCGCUUGCUGAGUACUGCGAGCGCCAGGGUCUGGAGCUCAUCAUAUCCGCUGACUCCAAUGCGCACCAUGCGCUAUGGGGCAGCAAGGACAACAACCAGCGAGGUGAGGAUUUUGUUUCUUUUUUACUCGCAACUAAGCUUAAUGUUAUUAAUAGAGGAUCGGAACCAACUUUUGUAACUUCGAGAUCCCAAACCAUCAUUGAUCUAACUCUGGCGACAGAGCAUGUGUCCGAAUAUAUUUCAGAUUGGCAUGUGUCUGACGACGUGUCGUGCUCUGAUCACCGGUGGAUCAAAUACAACCUAGAAGUCACGCUGACGUCACCUACACCCCGCCGUAACCCUCGGAAGAUGGACCGCGGCAGGUAUGAGCUUCUGACAGCGGAGAAACUCAAAGGUGUCGAACUACCCGAUAACCAUGAAGGCACGGAGGACAUUGAUAAUCAUAUCAACCAGAUAACUGACUGCCUAAUCACCAGCUUCGAACAAACAUGCCCACUUUCAUCAUCUAGAGCGCGGCAGUUUUGCAAAGGGUACUGGUGGGGACCGGAGCUCGAAAAGCUACGACGCAGGGUGAGGAAGUUGUUCAACAGAGCAAAGAAUACUCGUCUAGAACACCACUGGGAUGCCUACAAGCAGGCCCAAUAUCACUACAAAAGGCGCAUCAGAAUAAGGAAGAAGGAGUGCUGGAGGCGCUUUUGUACCAACAUAGAAACGAACAAUCAGGCGAACAGAGUUAAGAAUAUAUUGUGCAGCGAACCGGUGCACAACCUGGGUAACCUGAAAAAACCGGAUGGAACAUACACCAAAACGGAUCUGGAAACCUCAGAACUGUUAAUAACUACACACUUCCCAGGAUGCCAAAUCGAAAGAAUUGCGGCAUGGGAGGAAGAACCAAAGAAGACACCUGUAAUGGUGGACUGGAUCACCGCCAAGAAAAUUGUCACACAUGACAAAGUAAUAUGA